GAGAACCGCGCGCCCGCCACGACGCCCCCCGCCGCCGUCGCCGCCGCCUUCUCGCGGGCUGCGGGGCCUGGGCGUUCCGGGCGACCGAGGCUGCGCUGGGAACCCGCGGGCACUGCGGAGCGGGCCGGGAGGCCGGGAUGGAGCCCCCCGGAGCACUCUCGUGUGGAUCCUGAGGAGCUCUUCACCAAGCUUGACCGCAUUGGCAAGGGCUCGUUUGGGGAGGUGUACAAGGGCAUCGACAACCACACCAAGGAGGUGGUGGCCAUCAAGAUCAUCGACCUGGAGGAGGCCGAGGAUGAAAUUGAGGACAUCCAGCAAGAGAUCACGGUGCUCAGCCAGUGUGACAGUCCCUACAUCACCCGCUACUUUGGUUCCUAUCUUAAGGGCACCAAGCUUUGGAUCAUCAUGGAGUACCUGGGCGGAGGCUCUGCUCUGGAUCUGCUGAAGCCAGGCCCCCUGGAGGAGACCUACAUCGCCACCAUCCUGCGGGAGAUUCUGAAGGGCCUGGAUUAUCUGCACUCAGAGCGCAAGAUCCAUCGGGACAUCAAAGCUGCCAACGUGCUGCUGUCGGAGCAAGGCGACGUGAAGCUGGCGGACUUCGGGGUGGCAGGGCAGCUCACAGACACGCAGAUCAAGAGGAACACGUUCGUGGGCACUCCCUUCUGGAUGGCCCCUGAGGUCAUCAGGCAGUCGGCCUAUGACUUCAAGGCUGACAUCUGGUCUCUGGGCAUCACGGCCAUUGAGCUUGCCAAGGGGGAGCCACCCAACUCCGACCUGCACCCCAUGCGUGUCCUGUUCCUGAUCCCCAAGAACAGUCCGCCCACGCUGGAGGGCCACCACAGCAAGCCUUUCAAGGAGUUCGUGGAGGCCUGCCUCAACAAGGACCCCCGAUUUCGGCCCACCGCCAAGGAACUGCUGAAGCACAAGUUCAUCACUCGCUACACCAAGAAGACCUCCUUCCUCACUGAGCUCACUGACCGCUACAAGCGCUGGAAGUCUGAGGGUCAUGCUGAGGAGUCCAGCUCUGAGGACUCCGACAUUGAUGGUGAGGCUGAGGACGGGGAACAGGGCCCCAUCUGGACGUUCCCCCCAACCGUCAGGCCCAGCCCACAUGGCAAGCUGCACAAAGGGACUGCCCUGCACGGCUCACAGAAGCCUGCAGAGCCGGUCAAGAGACAGCCAAGGUCCCAGAGCCUGUCCACGCUGGUCCGGCCUGUCUUUGGAGAGCUCAAAGAGAAGCACAGGCAGAGUGGUGGGAGUGUGGGUGCCCUGGAGGAGCUGGAGAACGCCUUCAGCCUGGCGGAGGAGUCCUGCCCUGGCAUCUCGGACAAGCUGGUGGUGCGCCUGGUGGAGAGAGUGCAGAGGUUCUCACACAGCAGGAACCACCUGUCCUCGACCCGCUGAGCACCGCGCUGCCCUUGGUGGAGAGCAGGUGCUUGUUCUGUGCUGCACGGGAAGGGCCCUGGAGCUGUGCAGUGACUGAGCGCACGCCAGCCUGCUGGCCUCACAAGCUGUCCCCUCCCUCCUCCACACCAGGUCCCCCUCCCUCCGCUGGCCUGCCUGAAGCUACGCCCAGCAAGCAGAAAGCCCCUGGAGACUGGGCAGCCAGCGGGCCGUCUUGGCCAUUUAUCAGGCUUCCCUCCACACAGCCCUGGGUGGCCACACCAAGGAGCAGAGUAGCCGUCAGCCGUCUGCCUCCUUCCCCCUCGGGUUGGGAGGAGGUGACCGGGCACCCAGCCUGGGACACCGUCUGUGGGGUCAUGUGACCCAGACCUGCCUGGCAUUGGGCAGGCGCCAUCUCCUUGUGAGUACUGUGUCAUCAGAUGUGUUGUUUGUAAGAAGACAGUUUCUUGCUCCCUCAGUGCUGUGAGGGUGUGUGUGGAAGGCCGUGCCGCGCUCAAUAAAGACCUGGCCUAGA